CUUUCGUUAACUACCCUUUAUUUUCAAAUCUCGUUAUCGUCAAACGUUCACGUAUAAAUAUUUCCUGAUUUAUAUUAAUAAAUUAUUCAAUUUUCAGCUAUGGCCGCCACAGUUGAACCAAUUCCUGAUGUCGAAAUGAUGGACGUAUCAGGUUUGCAAAAAACAAUAGAUAUUGCGGUUAUCCAAGAAAUAAGGGACAACAUUCGACAAAUUGAGAAGGCCAUUCAAACGAAAGAAGCACGUUUCGUGUUGCGCGUCUUUCGAUCGUGGACAGUCACCCGGCGCAAGCUCAAUUCUGUGGUCUUGUGGUCUGUCAUUAAUGGUUUCUAUACACACUCCGCAUCUGAAAAAGACCUAUUAUGGUCAUAUGUUACUACACCGACUCAACUACCAGAAGUAAUCAAAAUGCGCUCAGGUAAAAACGCUACAGGGAUAUUACUUCCUGAAAUUGACAGUUAUAUCCACUUGUUAGUGUUAGUACAACUUAUUGAUAACAAAGAUUACAAAAAAGCAGUAGAAUUUUCUAAUUUAUUAAUGGCUAAAAUAAUCAACACAAAAAGAUUUAUCAUGGAUUUGAUUACUGCUAAAGUAUAUUACUAUCAUAUGAGAUGUUAUGAACUAACAGAUCAAUUACAUAAGAUUAAGGGGUUCCUUUUUAGACGCUUGACAACAGCCACGCUUAAAAAAGAUUACCAAGGACAAGCCGUGCUCAUAAACUGUUUGUUGCGUAAUUAUUUGCACUACAAGCUAUACGACCAAGCAGAUAAGUUAAUUCAAAAAUCAGUUUUUCCGGAACAAGCAAGUAAUAAUGAAUGUGCUCGUUUCUUAUACUACCAAGGUCGUAUUAAGGCUACCCGUCUUGAAUAUUCCGUAGCACAUAAAAAUUUAGCUGAAGCUUUGCGGAAAGCACCACAAAAUGCAGUUGGCUUCAGACAGACAGCACAGAAGUUUGCCAUCGUAGUGGAAUUACUGUUAGGAGACAUCCCCGAAAGGAAUAUAUUCCGUCAACCUAGUUUGCAUAAGACAUUAGUACCAUACUUCAGACUUACCCAAUCAGUCCGUUUAGGAGACAUAACAAUGUUUAGUGAAGUGUUGGAGAACUUUAAAGAAAAUUUCUUUAAUGACCACACUUAUAUGUUGAUUGUACGUUUACGUCAUAAUGUCAUUAGAAAUGCCAUUAGAACUAUUUGCGCAUCAUAUUCGCGCAUUUCAGUCGAUUAUAUUGCUGAAAAGCUCGGGUUGGAUUCUCCCGAAGAUGCUGAAUUUAUUGUUUCCAAAGCCAUUAAAGAUAAUGUUAUACAAGCAACCAUUGAUUCUGAUCACGGGUAUGUGAUCUGCAAAGAACCCGUUGACAUAUACUGCACACACGAACCCCACAUAGCUUUCAAUCAACGUAUAUCCUUCUCUUUGGAUUUGCACAAUAAAGUUGUAAAGGCCAUGAGUUUUCCUCAUAAAUCAUAUGGCGAAGAUUUGGAGAUAGUCAAGGAACGUCGUGAACGCGAACAACAAGAUAUAGAACUAGCAAAAGAGAUGGCAGAAGAUGACGAUGCAUUCCUUGACUAAAAAUUUAAAAUGGUAAUGACAAUUGUAUCAAUA